UAAUCUGUGAUCUAUGAAACGUAGGUGGUGUGAGUGUGAAAUCCAGACUCAGUCUGAAACAACAGCAUUAAAUGCUGCUGUGAGUGAAUUGUGCCAAAUAUCAGGUAACGUGCUCCUAAUAAGGACACAACUCCCUCAAGUGUGCUGAAGAAUGUCAGCAGACAAAUUACAGAUGACGGGAGGAAAUUGCCUCUCUGAAAAGCAACUUAGUGCAGGCUCCAAGAGGACUCCAAGUUUUCUUCUCUAAUUGCAAAUUCCUCCAAUUUUUUUUUUUUUUAUUCAAAAUUUUUUUGCAUUGUAUAAUUCUGCCACGAAGGAAGAUGGAGUUUCAGUCUGAGACAUGGUGAGAAAUGACUGAAGCUUCAUAGCGCUGCAUGCAUGACCGUCAUCCUUCAUAUGUUUGAAGGCAACAGAGACUUAUAUAAUAGACAGUUGAUGUUUCACUAACCUUGACAACCAUUAACACAACAUAUCAGGCUUUUUGGUCUUUAAGAUCCUUAACCUAACAAUGAAAAAAACAUUUUUUUAAGGAAAAACAGACUUUAAAGACAAAACCAGAAACAUCUGGAGCAUUUUUUUUUAUAAACUUGGAAUCGGUUUAUGUUUUGAAUUUGUUGUUUAAACCAACAAAGUCAAGCUAAUUAGUUAUUUUUUACCUAAAAAGGAAAUUAGUGAGGCGAGAACUGAAGAGAGACUAGAAAAAAAGUAUCUCAGCAACUUCCUUCAUCUUUUCUAAACAGUAGAAAGGUCAUGUCCACACAUCAGAUCAGCACAAACCUUAGAUUUCAACUCUCAUUGGUCCUUGAAAAUGUGCAAUAUUUUCCUCACAAGUUCAGAACCAAUGAGAACUUUCGGAGAGACGACCGUAAAUUCCUGGUUGAGGUCAUUGUUUAUGAGAAGUGAACGAGGUUUCGCCCAUGUCCUGCAUGCUUUCCCUGUUUUUUUUUUUUGUUUUUUUUCUUCCUUCUCUCUGUCUCCUCCUGUCUUAAAGCUGCUCUGCCAGAUCACAUUUGCAGCUCUCAGUCAGAGCCAGCACACACUCACAGAGACGGCCGCUCAUCUGAUCUUCUGUGCACUUCAGAGGUCCCAGGAGUUACCUCACCUCCACCAUGACUGAUCGCUUUGACUGUUACUAUUGCCGUGACAACCUGCACGGGAAGAAGUACGUGAAGAAGGAUGAGAAGCACGUUUGCACCAAGUGCUUUGAUAAGCUCUGUGCCAACACCUGUGCAGAGUGCAAGCGUCCCAUCGGUGCCGACUCCAAGGAGUUGCACCAUAAGAACCGAUACUGGCAUGAGGACUGCUUCCGCUGUGCCAAAUGCUACAAGCCACUGGCUAGUGAGCCUUUCAGUGCUCGUGAUGAUGGCAAGAUAAUGUGCGGCAAAUGUAGCUCAAGGGAGGAUGGAAACCGCUGCCAGGGCUGCUACAAGGUGGUGAUGCCAGGUUCCCAGAACGUGGAGUACAAGAACAAGCUGUGGCAUGAGGAGUGCUUCACCUGCUUUGAAUGCAAGCAGCCAAUCCGUACUCAGAGUUUUCUAGCCAAGGGAGACGACAUCUUCUGUGUUCCCUGCCAUGACAAGAAGUUUGCAAAGAAAUGCUUCCACUGCAAGGAGCCAAUCUCUUCCGGAGGGAUCAGCUACCAGGACCAGCCGUGGCACUCAGAGUGUUUUGUGUGCCAGACCUGCCGUAAACCUCUGGCAGGAAGCCGCUUCACUUCCCAUGAGAACCACGUUUACUGUGUGGACUGCUACAAAACUGAUGUGGCCAAGAAGUGCCACGGCUGCAAGAACCCAAUCACAGGGUUUGGCCAUGGCACCAACGUGGUGAACUAUGAGCAGUACUCCUGGCACGAGUACUGCUUCAACUGUAAGAAGUGCUCUCUGUCACUGGCCAACAAGCGCUUUGUCAUCAACCAAGACCACAUCUACUGCUCCGACUGCGCCAAGAAGCUGUAAAGUCCAUGAACAAGGGUGUUCACAGUGGAGUUACACCAAAAGUGAUCAUUUGUGCUGAUAAAUAAAGUUUAAAAAAAGCUACAUCAAAAGAGAAGCACCGGUCCAGUCCAAUGAUGCAUUAGCCUUCCCCUUCUGACAAUAGUGCAGGGUGUUUCAUUUUUAGGAAUCCGAACAGUUAGAACUUUACAGUGGUGUGCAGUUUGAGCUUCAGUGCAUUUAUAAAUCUAUUCUCACUGUUACUUCUAUUGUUCUUCAAAGCUGGCUGCUGCUUUUUCAUAUGAUCUUUCAUGAAUAAUCUGUUUCAUCAUUGUAUGUUUGAACUGCUCUAACAUUGAUACUGCAAAAUAAAUCUCUUGUUUGGCAAAAACAA